CUGCUGCUGCUGCUGCUGGUGCUGGGCGCGCUGGCCGUGGGCGCCUUCUACUACGCGGGGGCCCCGCGCGGCGCCGCGCCCGCCCCCUGGCGGAGAGCGCGGGACCCAGCGCGGGACCCCCGGCCGUCCGGGCCCGCGGGGCGCCACGUGCUGAUGAUGCUGACCAAGCCGGACGGGCGGCCGGCGCUCAGGGCCCAGGCCCGCAACGCCCUCGGCUCGCUGCUGCGCAGGGCGCGCCUCCCGCCCGCCCGGGCCCUCGCCCUCCACUUCGUCACCGACCCGCCCGGCGAGCACCUCGCCCGCCGCCUCCUCCGGGACCUGACGCCGCACGCACCCCACGGGACCUACCAGGUCAUAUUCCACGAUGUCAAUGUAUUGACCGAAAAACUCUUCCCUAUUGUGGAGUCCAUGCAGAAACACUUCAGCGCGGGCUCGGGUACCUACUACAGCGAUUCCAUCUUCUUCCUCUCGGUGGCCAUGCAUCAGAUCAUGCCCAAAGAGAUUUCACAGAUAAUCCAGCUGGAUUUGGACCUGAAGUACAAGACCAACAUCCUAGAGCUGUUUGAGGAAUUUGACAAUUUUUCGGAAGGAAACGUCAUUGGAAUAGCCAGGGAAAUGCAGCCAGUGUACAGGCACACAUUUUGGCAGUUCCGGCAAGAGAACCCAAAGACGAGGGUGGGUGACCCUCCUCCCGACGGGUUGCCCGGCUUCAACAGCGGGGUGAUGUUGCUGGACCUGGAGGCCAUGCGCCAGUCCCAGCUCUACAACCAGUUGCUGGAACCCGCCCGGAUCCAACAGCUGACCGAGAAGUACCACUUCAGAGGCCACCUAGGGGACCAGGAUUUCUUCACCAUGAUCGGCAUGGAGCACCCGGAGCUCUUCCACGUCCUGGACUGCACGUGGAACCGACAGCUCUGCACCUGGUGGAAGGACCAUGGCUACAGCGACGUCUUCGAUGCCUACUUCCGGUGUGACGGCCAGGUCAAGGUCUACCACGGGAACUGCAACACGCCCAUUCCCGAGGACUAGGGCCGCAUCCGGCCUUUCCCUUCUGGACUCGCGGUCGGCCCUGGGACUCCCGGUUUCUUCAGGAAGAGGAGUCAGAGGGAACCUGGCUCGGGCCACCGGGGAUUUCGCCUCCCGCAGCCUGGGAUGCUCUGCCAGUCGGCUUAUAGAAGCCCCUCGGCCAGUCGGUUUCCAGAAGCCCUUCGGGUACUCCAAGGUCUGUGCCCACGGGAAUUGAGGCACUUUACGGACCUGCCAUCCAGCUGACACUUCUUAUAAGUGCCACGCCACAGGCUACUCCUUCUGAUGGUGACAAUACUUUACACAGAGCUUGACAUUCCAGAGGGGAAAAUGGCUAUUUAUUUUAGCUCCCAAAGAUGGGCCAAUCAUUCCUCUCCUCUUUCCUUCUCCCCAAAAGGCAGCAUUGCUUCAUUUAGUUCCCUGUUUCUCAAAAAUGAAAGGAUAAACGGAGGAGCCAUUCCUCUAAAGGAAGGUCUGCAUAUAAACUAGCUAUUCUUGAACCCCAGUUCAGCUGCUUUCCAACACCAAAGAGAUGAAUGCAUUACCAUCCUGUCUCUUUGAAUUGCCUAUAUUGUCAUAGGAGUCAAAACUUUCAUUUUAGUCAUCAUUCUUUUAGCUUUUUGUUUCCAAACAAAACUCCAAAAUAUAAGACCACAGAUUUGUCAGCGUUGAAUUGCACAGCUGAAGCCGUGGGUGAAAAAAGGGGUUUUUUUGUGGUUUGGUUUGGUUUGUGGUUUUUUUUGGGGGGGGGGUGCUUGGGGGGGUUCCUACCAUGACUGAGAAAUGCAGCCAAUAAACAACGCUGGGCAACAUGAUGAUUUAUGUCAUCCAUUCUUUGAACACGGAUUAACUGCAUGAAAAUUCCGAUCCAAAUAAUCUCUCAUUUUAUAUGAGUGUAUAUAUGACAUGUUUUUCACAUGCUUUACUUUCAGGAUUGAAAUUUGAGCAGUGCUAUGGGGGAAUUUUGAAAUGUGGUAGAAUCCAUUUGAAGUAUUUCACCUAAAGGGAAGAAUAGAUUGCUUCCUAGCAGUUAGUAGAUAAACCUAUUCCUGCCACUUAUAAAAGUUUUCGUCUUUUUUUUAACUCCAAAUUUAAAACUUCCAUGUUAGAUGUAGCAGUUUCCUUCCAGCUUCUCUGAUCAAAACUGGAUUUUCUGGACUUAUCAUGAAUCAAUUUAGUAUUAGUAGUGCUAAUAAGAAUAAUUAUAAUGAUGAUAAUAUUUGCUAAGUGCUUACUAUGUGCCAGGAACUGUACUAAGCAAGCACUGGGGUAGUUACAAUCUAAACUGAUCAGAUACCAUCCCUGUCCCACAUCAGACACACUGUCUGAUACCGAGAGAAGUCCAAACGAUGAGUCACCCAUCGUCUUCAGAAUGGAGAACAAAGUUAAAUGGAUCAGGAAACUCCAUAGAGAACCCCAUAAAAGCCUGGAUCUAUCAUUACUAAUACCGUUAUUUUUUUAUUAACAAUAAAGGGCUUUAUACUUAC